AUGGAACAAUCUGCUCCUUGCACCCCAGAGGCCGGUCCUCUUAAUACGACUAGAGAAUCCGAUAAUAUGAUGUACGACUCCCGAGGUGUCCAGACUCCUGCAUCUGGCGGUAUGAAUCAGUCGUAUAUUGGAGAACCGCAGAGCCCUUUGACCCAAAUAGAUCCCCACAGAUUACGAGAUAUGGUGGUCGACAAACAAAACGCUGGGGCUCAUGGAAGUCUAGAUUCUCCUUACAAACAGCAACAGCAGUUCUGGGAACACAAUUCUGGCUGCCCUACUUCAUCACCGUCCAGCAUGAGGCUUGCUCCUAAUAGUGCUGGUUCACAAAUGCCACUAAUGAUGCAUUCUUCAAGAAUGUCACAAGGCAGAAGUCCCUUAAAUAGUCCUGUAGGUGUGCAUGGGUCGUCUUAUUCUGCUAGGCCUCCUUCUAACGCUCCAUCGUCUCCAUUUCUGCAACCUUCGCAAACACCAGUACAUUAUCCUCAAGGCAUGCAGCAGAUGCCACAAAGCCCAGCCACUAACAUGAUGCCAAGUGGGCAGGUUCCACCCGCCUCUCCUGGUAAUGUGUAUCAGCCACGCAUGAAUACGAUGGGGCCUAUGCAGCAACAAUAUUCGUAUGCCCCGCAGGUACAGCAGCAGUGGAAUCCUCCACCACAGCCGCAUUAUGUUGGGCAACCUCAAAUGAUGAGCUCAUCUGGACAGAGAGUUAUGAUACAACGAGUACCUUAUCUUCCGCCAGUAUUUGUUGGUCUUGCCCUCUUUGUUUCAUCUGUCUAA